AUGAUGCAGGAGUCGGCCACAGAGACAAUAAGCAACAGUUCAAUGAGUCAAAAUGGAAUGAGCACCCUAAGCAGCAGCCAAUUAGAGGCUGGCAGUAGAGAUGGGAGAUCAAGCGCUGGUGACACGAGCGCCAGCGAAGUAAGCACAGUCGAGCUGCUGCAUCUGCAACAACAGCAGGCCCUACAAGCGGCGAGGCAAUUACUCUUGCAGCAGCCAGGCUGUGGCCUGAAAUCUCCAAAGAGUCAGGACAAGCAGCGUCCACUGCAGGUUCCAGUCUCAGUGGCCAUGAUGAGUCCCCAGGUGAUCACGCCACAACAGAUGCAGCAGAUCCUUCAGCAGCAGGUGCUCUCCCCCCAGCAGCUUCAGGCCCUCCUCCAGCAACAGCAGGCGGUCAUGCUGCAGCAGCAACACCUGCAGGAGUUUUAUAAGAAACAGCAGGAGCAGCUUCACCUUCAGCUUCUCCAGCAGCAACACCCCGGCAAGCAGGCAAAAGAGCAACAGCAGCAGCAGCAGCAGCUGGCUGCCCAGCAGCUCGUCUUCCAGCAGCAGCUCCUCCAGAUGCAGCAGCUCCAGCAGCAGCAACACCUGCUCAACAUGCAGCGGCAAGGCCUGCUCUCCCUGCCCGGGCCCGCCCCCGGCCAAGCCGCCCUGCCCGGGCAAACUCUGCCUCCGCCAGCCGGCCUGAGCCCGGCAGAGCUCCAGCAGCUAUGGAAAGACGUGACCGGAGGCGGCGGAGGUGGCGGCGGCCAUGCUAUGGAAGACAACGGUAUGAAACACAGCAGCGUUGGUGUCAACAACAAUGGUGUCACCAGCGGCCUCGACCUCUCCACCAACAACCACAUCAGCAACAACAGCAACUCUUCGUCGACUACCUCCUCCAACCCGCCCAAAGCGUCCCCGCCCAUCUCGCACCAUUCCAUCGCCAACGGACAGUCCCCUGUGCUCAACCACAGACGAGAAAGAGAGCGGGAAAGGGAGCGAGAGAGCUCACAGCAUGAAGAAAAUGGCGGCUCCCAUCCCUUGUACGGCCACGGCGUGUGCAAGUGGCCCGGUUGCGAGAGCAUCUGCGAGGACUUCGGACAGUUUUUAAAGCACCUAAACAACGAACACGCCCUGGACGACCGAAGCACGGCCCAGUGUCGGGUGCAGAUGCAAGUUGUACAGCAGCUGGAAAUCCAACUUUCGAAAGAGCGCGAGCGUCUUCAGGCCAUGAUGACCCACUUGCACAUGCGGCCCUCCGAACCCAAGUCAUCUCCCAAACCACUCAACUUGGUCUCCAGCGUCACCAUGUCCAAGAACUUGCCGUCAGCGUCGCCCCCUAACUUACCACAGACGCCCACCACACCCACAGCACCCAUCACCCCCAUGGCGGCCAUGCCCCAGGUCCCUUCGGUGCUCGGCGGCGCCAACGUGCCCAGCAUGGGAGCCAUGCGCCGACGCCACUCGGACAAAUACUCCAUGCCUCUGUCGUCGGAGAUUGCCCCAAACUACGAGUUUUAUAAGAAUGCAGAUGUCAGACCACCGUUUACUUAUGCAACCCUUAUAAGACAGGCGAUCAUGGACUCGUCCGACAUGCAGUUAACGCUUAAUGAAAUCUACAGCUGGUUCACGCGCACGUUUGCCUACUUCAGACGCAAUGCCGCCACUUGGAAGAACGCCGUGCGUCACAACCUGAGCCUGCACAAGUGCUUUGUGCGCGUGGAGAACGUGAAAGGCGCCGUGUGGACGGUGGACGAGGUGGAAUACCAGAAACGUCGGUCGCAGAAGAUCACAGGAAGCCCAUCACUCGUCAAGAACCUUCCCUCCAGUCUGGGAUACGGCUCUGCACUAAACGCCAGCCUACAGGCUGCCUUGGCAGAGACCACCCUCCCCCUACUGGGGACCCCGGGCCUAAUUAACAGCGGUUCCAUGGGCGGCGGCUGCCACGGCCUCCUGGGUGGCGACCCGUCCGGCCUGAUGGGCGGAAGUCCUCCCGGGCUGCUAGGCGGCAGCCCGCCGGGGCUCCUCGGCAUCAGCCCGCCUGGCACGCUGAGCUGUAGCCCACCUACCCUCCUGCAGUCGGCCCACGACGACAUCAACGGCGCUUUGGACCACCUGGACACCAACGGACACGGCAGCCCCGGGUACUCCCCGCCGGGACACAUGCUGCCCGUCCACGUCAAGGAGGAACCUCCAAACAUGGACGACGACGACUGUCCCAUGUCUCUGGUGACGACAGCCAAUCACAGUCCAGAGCUGGACGACGACCGGGAGCUGGAGGAAGGGAACUUAUCAGAAGACUUAGAGUGA